CUUCAGCUGCAUCACUAUUUUCCUAUCACUGCAAUAAUUUUACGAGCCAUUCAAACAUUCCAGCCGCGGAUGUUUAUCUGUACCAAGUGCAACUAAGUUAACUUUGCUCCAUCCACACCACUUCAAUAUUGUACUACUAGUGCUAAGAGAGCAGGUUCUAUCUUCGCUAAUUCCCGGCACUUCAAAUCUGGAACGACCUCGUUCAGCAGGGCGUAGGCUUUGCCAACGGACAGGUGGCUUUGCGAGGAGAGAAAACAGCCACAUACCAAUUGAUCGCGAUAGAGAGGCUCACAUGAACGAUCUUCCACGAUGACCCGCGAACUAGCUCGGUUCCUCGCGAUCGUUCCGAUCAUCGUCUGCAUCCUCGCCGCAGUAGCACAGCUGACCAAAGCCCAAAGCAGUAGAUGUUGCGAGGACUACUGCUACAGCCGGGAUCCCGACCGGAGCCAGUCGAAGCAUUUCGCCACGAAAACAGCUUACGAAGUCAUCCACGGAUCGUCCUCCAGCCGGGAACACAUCGUGCCAAAUUGUACUCCGUCCAAAUUUUGGCUGCUGAGUCGACACGGAACGAGGUUACCGGGUAAAAAGGAUAUUGAAAUUUUUCCGCAGGCCUUGAACAAUCUUCGCGGCUCGAUCAUGGACAACUACGAAAUUCGGCGCACGGCUCCGGACGUGGGGCGCAUGUGCCCGGAUGAUCUAGAGCUUCUGAGAACAUGGCGAUGGGAUCGGAACGUCACGGUAGAUUACGAAUCGUUCCUUACCGAUCAAGGAUGGGUCGAUUUGAAGUACCUGGCCAAGCGGGAGAAGGAUCGCUUCUACGAGGUUUUCAACGGACCGUACGACAAGCAGCGAUAUUUGUUCCGUCAUACUAAAACGCAACGUACGGAAGCCAGUUUCAAGGCAUUCGUUGAAGGUCUGUUCGGUGAUGGAGCUUACAAUUUCAUCAACGCUGAACCGGAACCAACCGACGAUAAACUACUGAAGCCGUAUGAUUUCUGCCCGGCUUAUGAUGCCAACAAGGACAAGAAUAACCACCCGGAUUCCGAGUUGAACAAGUUCCUGAGAUCAGCACUGUAUGCUCAGACCUUGGCGGACAUCUCUACGCGCUUGGGAUUCCGGUAUAACUUGAGUAAUGACCAGGUUGAAGUCAUGUGGGAUGCUUGUCGGUUCGAACAGGCCUGGCAUCUGCAGCAGUACAGUCCCUGGUGCAGUGUCUUCACCAAGAACCAGGUGGAUGUUUUGGAGUACAAAGAAGACCUCAAGUACUACUACCAGAACAGCUAUGGGUAUGAGAAGAGUUCGGAUCUUGCCUGCUACGCGGUAGCCGACAUGAUGAAGCACCUGAGUAGUGCCGAUAACCAACAGGUCAUUGCUUACUUCACGCACGAAUCGGAAAUCCAGCUCUUCCUGUCUGCGUUGGGUGCCAUGAAGGAUAGAAAUGCUCUCCGGGCAGACAACUACGUUGGUAUGCGCAAUCGCAACUUCAGAUCCAGUGAGCUGACUCCUUUCACUGCGAAUGUUGCUGCCGUUCGGUACCAGUGUGCGGAUCCAGUGGAACCGGUGAAGGUCAUCUUCUUCCUCAACGAGAAAGCGCUGAUGUUCGAUUGGUGUCGCGUUGGACUGUGCAACUGGUCCGAAGUGGUUCGACAGUACAGGCGAUUUACCGAAGGGGACUGUGCCAAGCUGUACUGUGGAGGCAGUGGUGCUUCGGCGCAGUUCGUGCAUCCGGUGGUGAUGACCGCCGUGAUGGCCAUUGCCGGAGUUUUUAUAUCAAAACGAUGAUUUUGUUCUGUGUAUAGUGCUGCUAGAGACUGUCAUGAAGGGAGGAGAAUAUAUUAAUU